AUUUGCUCUCCGACCAAAAUAAUUUUUUUGUUUUCUUGACCGAUUUGUGAAUUGGGAUAAAUUUCUUUUAUCCUUCCUCUUACCUGGGUUUUUUCCAUACAGCACGCACUCCCAAGUGCUGAGGCUUAGAGUGUCCUUGUCUUUUGCUGUUAGCCUGCGCCUCUACCUUUGUUCCUUCCUGCGUUCGCCUUCUACCGAUAGAGGCCGGUCGUCACCGGUCGCAGUGCGUUGGCACCAUGGACCAGCAAAAGUUCCUUCAGCAACUUGCCAUCGUCCUUGAUCCCAAAAAGGGCGACGUCAAAGCUGCUACCAAUGUCCUCCAGAACGAGUUCUACAAGAACCCUCAGUCUCUGCUUUUCCUCAUCCAACUUGUCAUCUCCCACGACAGUCCCGACCUGAAACAACUCGCCGCGACCCAAGCGCGGCCUUUGGUCUCGAAGCACUGGACCAAGAUCCCCAAUGACCAACGUCAACAUGCCAGAAGCCAACUCUUCCAGGCUACCCUAUCCGAACCUGCCUCUCUCGUGCGACACUCGGCGUCCCGCUUGAUCAGCUCCAUCGCAAAGAUUGACCUUGAGGAUGGCGAAUGGGCAGAGCUGCCAGGGAUGCUGCAACAAGCAGCCACUAGUACCAGAGCGGCCGAACGUGCUGUCGGGGUCUACGUGCUCUACAGCAUUCUGGAAACAAUGGGCGACGGCUUCAGCUCCAAAUUCAAGGAGUUGUUCGCACUGUUCAGCAAGACAAUCAAAGAUCCAGAGAGCCUUGAGGUCCGUGUCAAUACCAUGUUGGCCAUAUCCAAGAUGGCACUGGUGCUAGACGGGGAAGAGGAUCAAGCGUCCGUCAGAGCGUUCCAAGACAUAUUUCCCUCCAUGGUUGCUGUCCUGAAAGACACAAUCGAUGCCGGGCAGGAUGACCAAAUCAUGUUGACCUUUGAGGUCUUCAACACCCUUCUUACUGCGGAGUAUCAACUCAUGUCGAAGCACUUCCAAGAAUUGGUGGUUUUUAUGAACGAUAUCGCAACCAACACCAACAUGUCUGACGAGGUCAGAACCCAAGCCAUCAGCUUCCUGAUGCAGUGUGUGGUGUACAGAAGACUUCGGGUGCAAGGUGCCAAGAUGGGCGAGCCUCUGACCAAGAGCAUGCUACAAAUUGUUGCAGAGAUGGAUGAUGACGACGACGAUGAGGAUGAUAUCACCCCCCCUCGGUCCGCUCUGGGAUUGAUUGAUACUAUGGCUCAGUCGCUGCCGGCUAGCCAGGUUGUGGUCCCGCUUCUAGAUGCAUUGCCGCAGUACUCAAAGAACCCUGAUCCCAGAUUUCGCCGCGCAGGCAUUCUGGCCCUGGGUAUGGCCGUUGAAGGUGCUCCCGACUUUUUGAGCACCCAGCUGUCGUCGGUGCUACCCAUAUUGUUUACGCUUCUGGAAGAUCCCGAAGUUUCCGUGCGACGGGCCGCCCUGCAGACCACCGCUAGGCUUGCCGAUGACAUGCCUGAAGACGUGACCAAGCAGCAUGAGAAAUUGAUGCCUUUGCUGGUGAAAAACCUGACUGCAGCCAUGAGUGCCUACAAGGGCGAAGAAGAUGGACCUGCCGUUGACAUCAUGAAGUCAGGAGCCAGCGCCAUCGACGCAGUCGUCGACGGCAUGGAUGCGCAAGAUGCUGUGCAAUACCUGGACAAAUUGGCUCCUCUUUUGCAGCGACUGUUCAAACAUCCAGACUUCAAAAUCAAGGCGUUGGCGGCUGGCGCGCUCGGGUCGCUAGCUUCGACGGUUGAAGCACCCUUCCUACCGUACCUCAAGGACUCUAUGGAGGCCAUGCAAGAGUACAUCAUGAAAAAGGAGAGCGAGGAAGAACUCGACUUGCGGGCUAGCUGCACAGAUGCUAUCGGUGAGAUGGCUGUCGCUGUUGGUGCCGCCGAGUUCAAAAACUAUGUGCAGCCACUCAUGCAAGCAAGCGAAGAGGCCCUCCAUCUUGAUCACUCCAGACUCAAGGAAAGUACCUACAUCUUGUGGGGAUCUCUGGCCAAAGUUUAUGAGGACGACUUCGCUCCUUUCCUUGGUGGUGUCGUGCAAGGACUUUUCGCAUGUAUCGACCAGGAGGAAGCGGACUUGGAGGUCUCCCUUGGAGACAGUGCAAAGGAUUUGCUCGGAAAAGAGGUUACUAUUGCCGGCCAAAAAGUCAAGGUCGCAGCCGCAGAUAGCGAUGAUGAAGCUGAGGACGGGACCAUCGAAGACGUGGACAUCGAUGGGGACGAUGACAGUGAUUGGGGUGACCUUGCGACCGUAACGCCAAUCGCUCUGGAAAAAGAGAUUGCCAUCGAAGUCAUCGGCGAUCUUGUCUCCAACACAAAGACGGCCUAUCUGCCGUACUUCGAGAAGACGAUCGAGAAGCUUUUGCCAUUGACUGAGCACAGCUAUGAGAACGUGCGCAAGGCAACCGUUGGCACUUUACACCGGGCAUACGCUGCAUUGUACGACCUCUCAGAGGAAUCCGGCCAAAUCCAGAAAUGGAAGCCUGGUCUUCCUCUCCAGGUCGAACCGACACAGGAGCUGAAGAAAUUCGGCGAGGUCUUGAUGAGCGCGACUCUGAACGUAUGGACGGAAGAAGAAGACGCUGCUACGGUCACGGAGAUCUCGAGAUCUCUGUCGGAGAACCUCAAAAUGACCGGACCUUCCCUGCUCUCCUAUCCGGACGUCCUGACCAAGAUUGUCCAGACUGUCGGGGACCUGAUCACGAAGAAACAUCCUUGCCAAAUCGACAUGGCCGACGAGGCGUUGGAUGAGGAAGACAUGGAAUCCACUGAACUGGAAUGGUUGGUUGUUGACAGUGCCAUGGAUGUCAUCUCGGGCCUUGCAGCGGCACUGGGUCCCAGCUUUGGCGAACUCUGGAAGAUCUUCGAGAAACAAGUCCUGCGGUACGCCAGUGGUGGCGAGGCUCUAGGCCGCGCCUCGGCUUGCGGCGUCCUAGCGGAGGUUAUUACGGGCAUGGAGGCCGCAGUCACCCCUUACACGUCACAGAUGAUGAACGUCUUGCUCAAGCGCCUGGGCGAUGAGGACGCGCAGACCAAGUCCAACGCAGCUUACGCUAUCGGCCGCCUAGUGGAAAAGUCCGCCGACGACGCCACGAUCCUGAAGGCGUACCCUCAAAUCCUCCAGAAGCUCGAAUCCCUAUUCCACAUCCGGGAAGCUAGGUGCACUGACAACGCGUCUGGUUGUGUGGCGCGCAUGAUCUUGAAACACAAGGACAAGGUCUCCGUGGCGCAGGUCUUGCCUGCUCUCGUCGAAGGCGGAAUUCUACCCCUGAAGGACGACUACCAGGAAAACGAACCUGUCUGGAAGAUGAUUGUCCAGUUGUACCGCGACCAAGACCCAACCGUCCAACAGCUCACUCCUAAGCUUGCCCCUAUCAUGAUGAGCGUUCUGGGUGAGCCUGAGGACCAGUUGACAGAUGAGGUGCGGGAGCAAGUCCAGGCCCUUGUCGAACACUUGAAGAGCAUCCAUUAGACACCCAUGCAUCCGGCCGCAAGGGCAGCGGGACCUUUGCUCGCUUUUUUUUUUUUGCAAACGCAAUGAAAUACAGCUCAAAGCGACAUUAGAUGAGAUGAUAUCACGAUUGACGAGGUCUACGUUGGUGAAGUCGCCCCCACAAUGCGGGAACAGAAUGAUUCUGGAGAUGUGUGAAUAAAGAAGAUAAUAAUCCACCAUGGCGGCCUCGACGGCUGCUCAAAGUCCACGCCCUGCUUUCCUGUGUACUACUACCAAGAUUUCGGCGCUGUUGAAUACCCCAAUUUCAUAGACUCGAAACACAAGCACUGAGCUUUUUACAAGGGAA